AUGGACCCGGGUGCGGCAAAUGCGGCAGGGGAUCCCGCAGUCCUGGUCGCAGCCCAACAGCCAGAGUCUUUCGAUCAGGAGCCCUUUUGGGACGCGUUUUUCGGUCCGUUCUGUGCCUCAAGACCCCAAGAGAUCCCCCCUCUGCUCAACCAGCCCGGUUCGGGAGGCGAAACCUGUUUGCACGUCGCAGCCGCGGGACAACGCGCCAGUCUCGUUCGCAACUUGCUGUUCUGGGGAGCCGAUCUCACUGCGCGCAAUAGCCGUGACCAACUGCCAGCGAUCGAGAGUGAAUGGAUUCAGGAUUUGGAAACCAAUCCGUUGCUAGCCACGGAGGGGGCCGAGGCAGGUGGUGAACUCCCUCGAAAUGCAGCAGAUGAAGAAACACACAAGUGCGCCAUCUCUACCGAGGACCCUGUAGAUCCGUUGUUGGGUAACCGCGAAGGACACACUGUUUCGGAAAACGUGCAGAUGUCCCCCGGCAACGCCCAGGCCUCUGUGCGAACGCAAUCGGAGUCUUCCUCCCGCGCCGGCUCGCGGCGGUCUGAGAGGAAGGGAAAAGACGGGGAGGAUGCCACUCAAAAGCCUCUAGACCGCUCGGGGGACACAGGAAAGAGUUCUGAAUCUGGUCGUGUUCCCCAGAGAGGCAAUGAGGACAAGAAUGGCCCCAGUGGAGGCGGCGGAAUAGCAUCUGCAGCGGACGCAUCAGCACUAGGCGAUGUUUAUGCUGAGAGUGAAUCAUUUCGACCUAACGCGAGGGACCAGGGAGAACCAGCUCUCGAGCAGUCUGGCGCGGAUUGGGUUGCCCGGGAGGUCGAGACGCUAGACAACGAGUACGAGCAAAUGUCAGUCGAGGCUGAGGACUUGCGAGACGAAUUGAAGCGAGUGAAGGAGGAAAACGCGCGGGCAGAGAAGAAGCUAGCAAUGAAAUUCUCGACAACAGGAGACUUCCCCGUGUACAGAGCGCAAACCGGGGACCCACGGUUGACAACGCUCCAGUAUUUCACCACCCUCCGAACCCUGGAAGCUACAGAGGAGGAAAAGAACCGAACGUCGACAUUGACGACGGGAAAAGUGCAACAGGAAACCCGAAAGCUUGCAACACACCGGGAGAAGGUCGAAGAGUGCAGAGCUGCAUUCAGAGGGUUUCUCCGCAAGGUUGCUAAGAAUUCCCAGAUGGCACGGAGCGGGAAGCCGAUCCCGGAGUCGAUUCUCGAGCAACUAAUGCAGCUGGAAGAAGAAAAGACUCGUGCGCUACAAGAGGCGAGGUCUACCAGUACUAAGCUGAAACACCAGCUAGACGUGCUCCAUCAGUUGGCGUCAGAAAAUGACAUGCAGGAGCAGUUCCAUGUCAUGGACUUUGAACAACUGAAGAUCGAAAACCAGGCUCUCAACGAGAAGAUUGUCGAGCGGAACGAGGAAAUCAAGAAACUCCGAUCCAUCAUCGUGUCUGCUGUCCAGUUCAUCACCCACGGGCGCGAGAAGAUUCACUUCUUGGACCACGAGAACGCACGAUUGAUGGAAGAGCUCGCGCAUCUGGACGCGGAGUUGGCAAAUCAGCGACAUCUCAUCACGAAAUCGAAGCGCGAGCGAGAUGAAUACCGAACGGAAAACAACAAGUUACGACAGCAAACAGAUAUCAUCAAUUCUGACAUCCUGACGCUCGACUGGGAAACCCGGCAACAACGACAACAGGAGCUAAAACUUGAGGUAGUCGAUCGUUCAUUUUAA